AAUUUUACGAAUAUUCGGAGAACUUUUUGUAGCAGCCGCCGGUUCCAUAACAUCGAAAGAGGCACUCCCAGGAAAAAAAUUACAGUGAUUACUUUCAGGUUUGCAGUUAACUCAUCAAAGUAUGUCCGCGUUAGACCCGUCGUUUAUUAAUAUCAAUGAUAAUCAAGAAAAUAAAGAGGUGAAUGAAUGGAUUCGAUUCGGAAUGCGAUUGGCAGUAAGCGCCGCUCUUCAUCCAUUUGAAUACUCGAAGGUGCUUAUCCAGCUAGGCUAUGAGCCUAUACCGCCGCGCCGCGGCACAUCCCUUUUCGGUAGACCAAUUAUGGUGCUUCCAAAUAUUUUUCAGUAUGCUGGUUACAUCAGAAAAAUGGAUGGAUUCUAUGGCUGCUACCGAGGUCUUGCGCCUAAACUGGCGGGCUCGAUUGUAAGCAUGAUCUUCAGUGAGAAAAUUGCAGAUAAAGUUGGCCUUCCAGCUAUCGAUGAUAAAGACAAAGACGACUUUGGCCUCACCGAAGAAGAACUUUACGUCCAAUUCAAAGUGAAUCUAAAGCGGGAUGUGGUUUUGAGCGUAUCCGGAAUUAUUGUGUCGCAUCCGUUUCAUGUCAUCUCUCUGCGAAUGAUGGCACAGUUUAUUGGUCGAGAAACGCUCUAUCAAUCGAUUUUUGGUUCCAUUAAAGAGAUUUACAAAACUGAAGGAGUUUUAGGCUUCUUUGCUGGAUUAGUUCCAAAACUACUUUGCGACGUUGUGUGUUUGGUGUUGACAAGUACGACAGUGUUCGUGCUUAACAAAUAUGUUAUUAAGGAUAAAAUUGGCAGACAGUAUAAUGCAGGUUUUGUGCAGUUCGCCUUCUCAAGCAUCUUAUAUCCUCUUCAAGUGGUCUCCACUUGCAUGUCGGUGACGAGCUCACGUUUAAUGGCUGGCCGACCUCCUAUAAUGCCAGAAUACAAAAACUGGGUUGAUUGUUGGAAUGACUUACAAACUCGGGGCCAACUUAAGCGUGGUAGUUCGUUGUUUUGGAGGUCUGUUGGAGGAUCAUCAAAAGUUGUCACCCUUGGAAAGCGCGGGGACUUUGCGCCCUUACCCACUAUUUCAAAAUACCAAUAAGUCAAGCAUUUCAGUUAUUACCUCAAUCACUGUGCAAACGAUGCAUUUGAAAUAUAUUUUUCGCUGUUGAUUUUCAACGCAAUACAUUAACUAGCUGUAUUUGGUGAUGACCAUUUUUAGGAUACGAGAUUCAAAUUGCAAACGACAUGGACAGCACCGAAGUGCAUGUAAAUGUUUUUUAUUAUUUCUUAUUAAAUUCAUGUAUGAUUAUUGUUUUA